GGUGCCGGGGACACCAGCCCACUGCUCAGAGGCACUGGAGCAGUGCCUGGGUGGGUGUGAUAGACUGGAAGGGGACUCGUGAACAUGACCAGAUAGACCCAUGCUGAGUCACGUCUGAGAGGCCCCGGCAGCUUCCCCCGCUUGCUGGCGGGUCCCGGCGCACACCCUGUUGCUCCUCCCUUCUUCAGAAGGAAGGAAAGGGCGAGCCCCAGCCCUCCACGGGGCGAGAGCAGCCGAGGGGCCCAAGCCGUCAGCCCUUUGAAAGCCUCACCCGUCAGAGCUCUGCAGAGGACAGACCAACUCACCACAGCAGUGGGUAGCCAGCUGGCCGUCCCCACACUGCCGGGAUGGACAGUCACAACACCACCAAGGAGCCCGAGAUUGAGCUGUUUGUGAAGGCUGGUCUGGAUGGAGAAAACAUCGGAAACUGCCCCUUCUGCCAGCGCCUCUUCAUGGUGCUGUGGCUCAAAGGGGUCAAGUUCAACGUCACCACAGUGGACAUGACCAGGAAACCUGAAGAGUUGAAAGAUUUAGCGCCGGGCACCAACCCACCCUUCUUGCUGUUCAAUAAGGAGCUGAAAACAGACUUCAUCAAGAUUGAGGAGUUCCUGGAGCAGACCCUGUGCCCGCCCACGUAUCCACACCUGAGCCCCAAGUACAAGGAGUCCUUCGACGUGGGCAGUGACAUCUUUGCCAAGUUCUCAGCAUACAUCAAGAACCCACGCAAGGAAGCAAAUAUCAAUUUUGAGAAGGCCCUGCUGCGGGAGUUUCAUCGCCUGGAUGUCUAUAUGAACACUCCUCUCCCAGAGGAGGUUGACCAGGACAGUGUGGAGGACAUCACCGUCUCCAAGAGGAAAUUCCUGGACGGAGACCACCUGACGCUGGCUGAUUGCAACCUCCUGCCCAAAUUGCACAUCAUCAAGAUUGCAGCCAAAAAGUACCGUGGCUUCGAGAUCCCAGAGGACAUGACGGGUGUCUGGCGCUACCUCAACAACGCCUACGCCUGUGAUGAGUUCAGUCACACCUGUCCUGCAGAUGAGGAGAUCGAGCACACCUACGCCAGCGUCGCCAGGAAGAUGACCUAACCCCAGCGAGGGGUGGGCUGGCAGCACUGCCCCGGCCAAGCCCUCCGACUCCACCGUCCUGACACAACCAAAACCAGCCGAUGGAGGGACUGGAGGGGGUUUACAGCAUUGCUACCCCCUGCCUUUCAGAAAUAGUGCCUCGCUUCACAGCCCCUGCUGCUGCCUCCUCCUCCUGCACUGCUGGCUGCAGCCUCUGGGUGCUGUCAGUGCUGACCACGCCUGUACACUGGUCCCGUCUGGAUGCAGCUGCAUCCCUAAUCCCUGAAAAAGUCUCACGACCUGUGACUACUUGUCCUGGGAAAAGCUAAGCACCAGCCCCCCUCAGCAGUGCUUUCAUGGAAGAGAUGAGCCCCCCAGAUGGCUGGGCCAGCCCAGCCUCCCCAUCCCCUUGUGCAGCCGGGGCUACUCUGCCAGCCCUAUGUGGUCCCAGCCACCCCGUCCUGGGAUCCCAGUGCCUUCCCUGAGCUGGAGCUGUUUGAAUUCACCUGGUGCCACCCUGUAUAGCACCUGGGGCUGGCGUUUAAGCAGCCCUCUCUUCUUCCAAGGCAUCCAGCUCCCUCUGAAGACACCAAAAGGCUGUGCCCCAGCAGCUCAUUGCAGUGGCAGACUGUGCUCACUGCUGAGGUCUGUGAUGUGCUGACUCCCCUGAGGACACGGGGGAAGGUGGGUGCUGGGGGUGAUGCCUGGUGUGAUGCCAGAGCCUGCCAUGGUGAGGAGACCCACAGAGGGCUGAGGAUGGAGGGCUGAGGAUCAGGGCAUCCCUCCUGUGGGUACCAGCACCCAGGGCCCUGCUCUGCUGGCUGCAAGGUCCCGCAUGGCUCCUGAGAGCUAAGGAGCCAGCCUCUCCAUGCCUUGCAGGACCUUGCAGGGGAUGCAGCCAUGCUCUAACUCUACAACCCCUGGUCCCCACUAACUCUUCAGGCACCUGAAACUGGGAGCAGCCACAGGAUAGGGCACGUGUUUGGUUUCCACACUGGAGAGCCCAGGAGAGCAGGCAGUGGCUGCUUGGCAAAGUGCUGUGUCCUUGGAGAGGUGUGGGCAGGUAUGGUGCCCCUUGGCUCAGCACUGUUCUUUCCUGUCCCAUGUCGCUGACAUGAGGCGUCAAAGCUGCUCUGCACAGCCACGACAUCCCAUGCUCCCCCUCUGACACCUCCAGCUCCCCCAGGACUCCCACCAGAGCUCGUGAAUUUGGCCAGCCCUCCCCAAACAACCCCAGGACGAAUCGAUACUGUACAGUGAGUGCAGUGGGCUCUGUGGGAACAGGGCAAGCAGAGCCCCCUCAGCCCUCACUGCCGCUUUCCUCUUUGCACUAAACGUGUGUCCUCGCAAGCCUGCCUCGGACAGCGCUGGGUUUGGGGACUGGGUUUGUUAUUAGUGGGUUUUGGUUUUGGUUUGUUGGGUUUUUUUAAACUAAGAACAGCAAUAAACUAUAUUUUAAUAUGC